GGAAAUUGGAGUGUAGGGUUAGUGGAAGUCAACACAUCUUCUCUACAAAACAAUGAUAUUAAAUACCUGGACAUAUUUUGUGAUAUCGUUAACGAAAGUAUUUGUCAUGGUAAAAAGCUACCUCUGCUGAGAAGAAUCAAUCCCCGUGAAGGAUGGAAAAUAUUUAGUCCUAUUAUUUAUUUUCCCCUUAAUCGUUCAGAAGUGGAUAGGAUCUUAGUAUAUUUAAGAGGUAGUGACAAUCAAUCCGUAGCAUUUGACAACAAGAGGCUGACUUGUACGUUACAUUUUAAAAAGAAUUGAUGGAGUGGCAAGAAUUGGUUGACAGUGUUACAUCUGUGGAACAAUAUAAAACUUCCAUAGACACCAUGUUUGAAGAUGGAAUCAUCAACCGAGGCAGAAUCUAUAUUAUCAUUCAGUUUACGAUUGAUAUGUGUGUAAAAAUUCCUGAUAGUCAGAACUUGUUGCAGGAGAUGUGUGUCAACAAAAUUAACUCCCUGAUAAAUUCAUCUAUAUAAAUAGAAAGACAAUACAAUCGAUUCAUUUAUGAAACUGCAACCGAUGUGAACACAUCAUGCCUAAAAUAGUGCCUUACGUAGACGAUCCACAAGUGUGGAAGAAGUUUAUACGGGCCCAAGUAGAAGGCCGAGUCAUCGAUCAUGCUGGAUAUGGUAAGCGAGGAAAAUUAAAGUGGAUACCAGUGUCAUCUGUUCGCCAACCGAUCGUUCAACACAUCAGUCCUACAGAAGCCGUGGUACAGAGAGCCAAAGCUGAAAUAGAAAGACAGCAACAAGAGUCACGUGAUCAGGAAACUCUGUAUAAGCGUAAGAGAAAGGCAAAAACAUCAGUUCCAAAGAAACCACCGAGCAAGAAACAUAAAGGAGAGUUUAGAGCACAAUACAAACAAUGGACUCCUUCAAAAUAGAAAACAGCGCAGAUCUAGUGGCGGACAAUCUUCAACUUUUCAAAACACCUCUUACUCAGAGCAGUGUGACUUCAGUCAACUUUGUGGAAAUACGCCCAGUGA